AUGGGCGCAAGAGCCCGUGGACGCGUUGCUGCGUCGAGCCCUGUGGUGCUGUUGCCGGUGCCAGCUGCCCCAGUGAAGAUUACUCUCAGAGACGGCAUUUUCUUUUCCUGUGGUUUCAUUUCAGCAGUGGCAUUGAUUUGGUGGUCCAAGACUCUGACUAAGUAUGUUGUCGGUGGUUCAGAUGAUGCCAGUGUUGACUCUGACAAUGGUUGGCAGCGUGUUGGAGUGGACCUCGACGUUGGGAGCCUUGGUAACCCAGUUGGGGCUGCAGCUUCAGAUGGGGGUUUCUGGGGGCCUGACGCCACAAAUGGGCAUUGCAACAGUGAUUUGGAUGAGUCAAGUGCUGUGCAUUUUGCAGGAGGGCACCUUGACAAAACUCAGGGCGCAAUGGACUUAGGGGCAAGCCAAGUUCCUCGAGGACCGAAGUUGUCUCAGGAAAAUUUUGAACAGUUUCUGUCCCAUGCGUUUUUGAGCACAAGAGGGUCUAUGAAAGUCCGCAUGCCAUGGGAAAAGGGUGUGUUCAAAAGCAUUUUCAAGAAACCUGACAGUGGCAGACUGGAGUGGGCUGGACAGCCAAGACAGUGGGUUGAGCAUUGCAUGGAAGCUGCGGUGGAACCAAUUGAAGAGCUGUCAGUGGCCAUGUGCAGUCGGCCACAGUUGAUUGGAGCUUAUUUCGAGCAUGCCCUUGCCUCAGGUUCUGACCAGUCUUUCUUUCAGCAACGACAGAGUCUUUUGGAGUCAGCUGUGGAGAAGUGGUUUUGCAUAAUCAGGGUCAACAUGCUGGCAUCGUCAGUAGGCCGUGACAUAAUUGGCCUUGGGAACAUGGACAUUCAGAAAAAAGGAGCUUUUCAAGUUAUAGAAGCUGUCAUUGGCAUCAGGUCCAGAACAACUGCCAUAACUCGUGCAAAUGCCCUUUUGAAAUUCAUCAGAUGGAGGGCAGAGACGUCGGAGAACGAUGGCAGGGAGUUUUCCGAAAUGGAGGUUACAAAGUUCUUGCGGCUCAUGCUUGAGGAUGACACCGUGAGCCCAAGUGAGCCGAGGGUGUCGUCACACUCGCUGAAAGCGACCUUGUUAUCAUGGGCAUCCAAAUCAGGAAUGAGUCCAGCAGACCGCGCAAUCCUGGGGCGGCACUCGAGUGCCUACUUGGAGUCAAGUGCGGUCUAUGCCAGAGACCUUGCUUUUGGAGCGGUUCAUAGACUUCAAGAUGUGCUGAAGAAGAUUCACCGUGGGGAGUUCUUGCCUGAUGCUCCCAGGUCUGGGUACCACCCAGUGACGUCAGUGUCGGUGGGGCCUACAGAACCUGUGGACUGCCAGGUGGUUAAGGUCGAAGAUGAGGUGACAGACCCAGAGACUGCAUUGUUGGAGCCUGAGGAGGCUGUGAUCGUUGAUGACGAACCUUUCGAAGCAUCAUCUGAUGGUUCAGAAUCUGUGGAAGACUCAGACUCGUCAGAAGAGGAAUCGAUUGCCGCCAUGGCAAGCUUGCUGGACUCUGAGGCACAGUUUAUCCAGCGUACAAUCGACUUGAAAUUGUCGGAGGAGUUGAAACGCCUUCUCAUCGAAGGGCCGCUUGAACCUGGACAUUCCCUUUUGGACACCACAGCCAGUAUGAUGCAACUCAAUGAAAUCAAAUACAUCCCUCCUGAAAAAUGUAUUUCAAGGACUCACGAAGUGUUGAAUCAGAAGCCCCCAACAAAGCAGUUGGACAUUUCAGCAGAGAACCUGGUCGUGAAGGAAAAACAGGAUACUCCUGAUAUGACGGUUACUUCAGCACUCCAAGUACAAGAAGCUUUUCAGCGACGAGGCAUAGCGUUGGUGUUCGCGGAUUUGGUCACCCAUGAGAGCUACACCAGAUACCUCACCACUUUGUUUGGACAUUUGCACAGGGACCCACCAACGGGUUAUGCAAGGACAUCAGUGAGUCAGCUUGUGUCGGCCGACAAGACGGUGUGGCAGAUGUUGCUGGAGGAGGGUGUUCAACCCAAAAGGGAUGAAUCAGGUGAGCUAGCGUUGGAUGUGAAGCUCAUGGAGAGUCUCCAGAGUUAUAGAGUUUCCUUUUCUUUGCUACCAUUGAUAGCCAAGAAAGACAGUGGACCUGGGCCGUCAAAGGUAUCGAAGCCGGCAGUGACUCAUGGUGGCAAGGGAUCCAACUCGCAUGUGCAAAAACCUUGGCUGAAACCCAAGGGUGGAAAGAAAGGAGGCAAGGGCAAGGUUAGGGUUCCCAACCACAUCUUCAAGUUGGGCGGCACUUCAUCCAAUCCAGCAGGCGAUCCAAUCUGUUUUGGCUACAACAGCAGUUCAGGUUGCCCAGAUGCGGCCGACGGCACCCACUUCUCAACAAGCGAAGAAGCAGCCUAUCCAUUAGGAGAUGAACAUGAAGUGUCACUGAAAUCCAUGCGCGCAGUUGCAACAGCCCAGCCAAAAGCAGCUAAGUUUCCACCUGUUGUGCGGGAGCACAAAGCAGUUGUCCGCAUCACAGGGCCUUUUGAGGCAUUAGCAAAGGCACCAGUGGCACCCAUGCAGCAUGAGGAUGUGGAAAUCAAGAACGCGUUACCAGAGCAUGCUACAAAGAUUCUGGAGCCAAAAAGGUUAGCACUCUUCAAAGAAAUUUUAUUGGAUUUGAAUUACCCGGAUGUUGGAGCAUUUGAUGAGUUGGUACAAGGUACAGAACUGGUUGGUGAGGUACAGCCUUACGGAAUUUUUGAGAAAGCGUUCAAGCCAGCCGAGAAAACGAUUGAACAAGUCAGUCAGGCGAGUCGCUCUGAGAGACUGCUUAAUUUUUACAAGUGCUCAUCUUCUGGUGAUGGGGAGAUCGAUGAAAUGGUUUAUAGCAAGACGUUGGAGGAAGUGGAAUUUGGUUGGGCCUCAGGGCCCCUAGAAUUGGAUCACCUUCCAAAUGCUGUGUCCCUGCUUUUCAAAUUACUGGGCUGGAGAUUUGCAGAAGAGGGUGAGAAAGCCGAAAGUUUCGCAAGAGAAUUUGGUGCCCUGGGUAUUAGAAUCAUUUUGGAUGAGUGCCCUCAAGGCUUGGUGAAGUUCACUAACACCAAGAAGCGAGCAAGCGAAUUGAUCGAUACCAUCAACACCAUCUUGCAGAAGGGGAGCAUGACACUGGUAGAGGCGCAGAGGCUCAGAGGUAGAAUGCAGUUCAUGGAUGGACAGCUGUUUGGUCGUUUGGGGAAGUUGUGCAUGAGGGAAGUUUCCAACCACACCUGUGAGUUUCAGAAUGCCACAGUUUCAAAUCGAACAGCUCAAGCUCUGCGCCGGUUUGCAGUAUUUUUGGAAUAUGCAGAACCUCGGAAAAUUCAUUUGUGCACUGACAAGGUGUGGCAUGUGUACACGGACGCAUGUUAUGAACCGACUGCAGAAAAAUGGAAGUGUGGCUUAGGCGGAGUCCUUGUUGGACCUUUUGCAAACAAGGUGGCAUUUUUCUCAAUCUCUUUGGAUGAAGAUCAAAUGGGAAUUCUCGGUGCUGACACAAAGAAGACAAUCAUUUUUGAAGCUGAAUUGCUAGCGAUGGUGGUCGCUUUUUCAGUAUGGAAGGAGGUACUAUCGGCGAUGUCCAUGAUUUGCUUCGUGGACAACAACUCAGCCAGGGAUGUUGCCAUCUCAGGAAACGGUCGCAAUUUUACUGCAAACUUGUUGAUUGAUUUCCUGUUAAAGUUAGAAAUGUCCAGCUGCACCACACCUUGGUACACCCGGGUCCCUACACCCUCAAAUGUUGCGGAUGAACCGUCAAGAGGAGAGGUAGCUGAGCUCAGGGCACAGAAUGUUUCUGAAACAAAAGUUGAAGAGGCUCUGCAGGAAAUCGUGAUGGUGUUAGCAGAAGAUGCGGUUAAGAGGGGAUCGACUUGA